ACUAAGCUACAAGCAUGUACAAUGUUAAUGAAUGACCUGACAAAACAUUCACUUAGUCACUUUACUUUACUCUGGGACUGUGUGUUGAAGUGUUGAGGUGUUAUUACCAGGCAGGAUCAGCAGAGAGCAGCAAGUGUUCCUUCUCCAUCAGUCUCAUGUGAUCUCAAUCUGUCACAGUGCAGAGCUUUGAAAGGAUCUGGCAAUCUGGUCGCCUUAUUUAUUUGGAGUUGAUUUUCAGUUGUUAUCAUGUCUCUAUAUCGAAAUACCAUCUGGUUUUUGAAUGGGAUCCACCAAUAUACGAGGAAGGGAUAUGAGGCAGCACAUAAAGACUGUGAGGCCAAGGACCUGGAUGUAUCUGUUGUCGGCAGAUCUUUUAUGAUCACUGGAGCUAACAGUGGGAUUGGAAAAUCCACAGCUAUGGCUAUAGCCAAAAAAGGCGGGACAGUCCAUAUGGUGUGUAGGAAUAAAGACAGAGCAGAAGAAGCCAGGUCAGACAUCGUUUCUGAAUCUGGGAACACAGAAGUAUACAUCCAUAUCGUGGAUCUAUCCCAGACACACAAAGUCUGGGAGUUCGCAGAGGCCUUCAGGAAGCAAUAUUCAUCACUGAAUGUGCUGAUAAACAAUGCAGGAUGCAUGUUGCACAAGAGAGAGCUCAAUGCAGAAGGCCUGGAGAAGAAUUUUGCCACCAACACCAUGGGGGUAUAUAUCAUCACCCAGACUCUUGUACCACUUCUACAGAAGAGCCGGGACACUAGAGUGAUCACUGUGUCCUCGGGAGGCAUGCUGGUCCAAAAACUCAGAGCUGAUGAUUUACAGUCAGAGAAGGGUAACUUUGAUGGCGUCAUGGUCUACGCACAGAACAAGAGACAGCAGGUGGUGCUGACGCAACACUGGUCCAAAGCCUACCCCUCCAUUCACUUUUCAGUCAUGCACCCAGGCUGGGUAGAUACAACAGCUGUUUCUACUUCAAUGCCUGAGUUUCAUCACAUGAUGGGGAACAGGCUGCGCAGUAUAGCACAAGGAGCCGACACUGUUGUGUGGUUAGCCUUAUCUCGAGCCGCUGCCCAAACACGAAGUGGCCAAUUCUUUCAAGAUCGUAAGCCAGUCCCAGCUCACCUCCCUUUGGCUUGGACUCACAGUUCUGCUGAAGACACUCAAAGUUUCAUGACUCAGUUGGAGGCUUUGGCCCAGACUGUUCAGUUACAGUCUGAUGCAGACCUUACGUCUCCUUCCAGCUCUACCAGACCUCAGUUUGUCUAGAUUAGGUUAGCUGUAUGUCACUAACUCCUAAAACUGUCAAUAACCAUCAAAUAUGAGUUAAUAUGAAUUCUUUUUCUCCCUCUUAACUCUAUGCCUUAAUUUGACGGACAGACGUACAUUUAAGUCAUUGCAUACAUAUGGCCUCUAAGUGGAGUGUUUGUUCUGUAAAUAUCAUGGACUUUUGCUAAAAGUCAAAGUAAUGAUUUGGGUUUGAAAAUGUCAAAUGCUGUUGCUGAAGGCGUCUAAUAUGUCUGUUACAUAUAUGAUGAAGGGGGGCGUGUGCAGGUUUGAUUUAUGAUUCUUGGCCCACAUCAGGAAAAUUGGAUCAGUGUCUUCAGUGGAAAAUGUGGUGUAUCACAGUCAUGUGGAAAUGCAGCGUCACAUCAAGGCUGCUGACCCUUCUGAACA